AUGUACUACAAGUCCGAGGCGUAUAUUGGCUCCGAGUUUGCGGGCAAGUACCUCUACGAAAACGGCUUGACGCCCGUCUACGUGAGCGACAACCCCGUCCUCAACGCCCAGCACGUGCUCUUCGAGGCCGCCAAAGCGUAUCACUACGGUCUGCCGUACCACGCCGCGCUUGCGAGCGUCACGACGGCGCCGGCCGAGGAGCUUGGCAUGGGACAGAGGAUUGGCAAGAUCAAGCCCGGCUACGACGCCGACGUGGUCGUCUGGGACAGCGACCCCCUCAGCGUCGGCGCGGCGCCGGUGCAGGUCUGGAUCGAUGGCACGUCGCAGCUACACGACCCCAUCGAACUGUCGAAGAGGCGAGACGGGCCGUUGGUCGCCGACGAGUCGCUUUCUCACGUCGAGGAGCCGAGGGAGACGAGUGCGGCGCUCUUCCGUGGUGUCAACAAGGUGCUGCUAUCGGGCAACAAGACGUACGAGCGAGACGGCGAGCGGUCCUUGAACGUGGCGUUCAAGAAUGGCAAGAUUUCCUGCAUCGGCCACUGCGGAGCCGAGUUUGCCACGGCGCGGGCCAGCGGCGUCGAGGUCGUUUCGCUCAAGAACGGCUACCUCACCGACGCCUUUACCGGCGUCGCAGGCAACCUCGGUCUCGGCGAGAUCGACGCCGAGCCAACGACGGAGAACGGAAACAACGCGGUCAAGUUCACACGGGCCAUCGACGGCUUGCAGCUCGGCGGCAAGAAGCUGCGGGUGGGGGCGAGGUACGGCGUCACGCGGGCCAUCUCGGCGCCGAAGCUGAACAACCUGGGCACCCAUCACGGCACGAGCGUCGGUUUCGUCACGACGGCGCGGACGAGCCUGGAGAAGGGGGCCGUGUUUGCGCAGGACGUGGCGGUGCACUACACGGUGGACGUCAACAGCCGGGCCGCCGACAGCUACUCGGCCGCCUUUGGAGAGCUGCGCCGGAAGCUCCUGCGGGCGGCCAAGGGAGGCGAGGACGUCGCCGACGCGUACUCGGAAGCUGCCUAUCUCCAAAAGGUGGUGGAGGGGACGAUGGUUCUCGCGCUGACGGUCAAUAGCGCCGACGGCAUCGCCACGGCGCUGCGGAUCAAGGCCGAGGUCGAAGGUGCGCUUCGGUCGUCGUCGUCGUCGUCGUCGUCGUCGUCACGCAAGCUGAGGCUCGCCAUCAUCGGUGGUGCCGAGUCUCAUCUCGUCGCGGCCGAGCUCGCCGCGGCAUCCGUCGGCGUCAUCCUGCUUCCCCUCCAAGCGACGGCCCUGACGUGGGACGCGCGGCGGACGCUCCCGGGCGCGCCCUUGACGAACGGUACGGCCGUGGACUGGCUGGUGGCGGCGGGCGUGACGGUCGCCGUGGGCCUGCCCGAGGACUGGCGCGUGCGGGACUUGGGCUUCGAGGCGGGCGUGGCGUACCGGAACGGCAACGGCCGCAUCAGCGAGAAGGCGGCGUUGGACAUGGUCAGCAUCAACGUACACACGAUCCUAGAUGCCAAGGCCGACGAGGACGCCGAGGGGGCCGGGGACGCCGGGCAGGGACAUUUCAUGGUGAGCGAGGGGAGCCCGCUCGAGAUUGGCUCGCGCAUCAAAGCGGUCGGUACGGGACGGGGGUCGAUUCUGGCCUUUGGCGUAUGA